AUGUCGUCCGCUACAGAUGCACCUGUGGCGACAGGCGACAAGGAUGCCACCGCAGACGAGAUCGCCACCGCACCAGAGACAGUCCAGAUGACAGAUGAGGAGGAACUUGGCGCAGCUUCCGACAAGGAUCAGAGCGACUCGGGUAAACUCAAGACGCUCAUGGGUAUUCUCAAACGCAUGGUAGGCGUCAAGGACAUUGCCGCCAUCCGCAUGUCGCUCCCCGCCAACCUCUUGGAACCCGUCCCCAAUCUCGAGUAUUGGAACUACCUCGAUCGUGGCGAUUACUUCACUUUGGUUGGCGACCUUGACGACCCGUUUGACCGUAUGCUCGCCGUGCUCCGCUUCACCUUCACCAAAGAGCUCAAAUAUGUCAAGGGCAGGAUUUGCAAGCCUUACAACUCGGUCUUGGGAGAACACUUCCGCUGCCACUGGGACUUUGAGCCCGUCAAAUUUACAGACUCGCACGUCCUUCCCGUACAAUCAAUCACCUCAGACAACCCAGAACCGUUGCCUCUUGCCGGCGAGUUGGCUCGCACUCCAACACUGUCAGCCAAAAGGGGAAGCGCACCUCCCUCUCCCUUGGUGCAGGCGCAGGAUAAACAGUCACGGCCCGCUUCGAUUCGAGGUGUGAGCUUGGAGACCUCCAACUCGACCGGCUCCAAAAAGGCGCUCUCGAAGCUGCUCGGCCGCAAGAAGAAUUCCAACAACGUCUCUGAAACACAAACAGCAGCCGCCAUCGUCUCGCCGGGAGCCACCGACGAAGGCGAAUCAACCGCUGUCACCAGUGCCACCGCCAACGACGCUGCUUCCGCCUCUGGCUCCAGCUCGCAGCAUGGCGGCAAGCGACGUCUCUGCUUCUUGACUGAACAGGUCAGCCACCAUCCUCCUGUCUCUUCCUUCUUCUGCGAGGCCAAGGAUGCCGGCGUGCAGCUCUACGGCGUUGAUCAGUUGGGUGCCAAAUUCACAGGUACCAGCAUUCGGGUGUUCCCCGGCGAGCAGAACAAGGGCAUCUUCCUGCGCCUCACCGACAAUGCCAAGUGCGGAGCUGCCGGCGAAGAGUACCAGAUCACGCACCCCACUGCCUCGAUCAAUGGCCUGCUGCGAGGUAGCCUGUGGGUGGCCAUUUGCGACAGCCUCUACGUCACAUGUCGCGGCGGCAAGAGAGACAAGGGGCCAGGCGACGACGGCACACGAUUGCGCGCCAUUGUCGAGUACAAGGACGAGAGCUGGAUCACCAAGGCCAAGUAUGCGUUGGAGGGAGUCAUCUACGCUUAUGGGCCCAACGACGACGCAGACGAGUACACGAGCGCCAAGCAGGUGCCACAAGACAAAGUGCUGGCUACGUUUGAAGGAUCAUGGAAGGGCAAGAUCACGUAUAAGAGGAAGGGGGACAAGGAGGCGCGUCUGUUGCUCAACGUCAACGAUGUAGACCCGAUCACCAAGUCGGUGAGGCCGCUGUCGGCGCAAGAUGAGAUGGAGAGUCGCAGGAUCUGGGAUCCUGUCACGAGCGCGAUCUUGGCGAAAAAGUACAGCGAGGCGACGAAGCACAAGCAGGAGAUUGAGCAGAGGCAGAGGAACAUGGCUGCUGAGCGUAAACGGAAAGGCGAGGCGUUUGUGCCGCGCUUUUUCGACGCUGACAUUUCGGAUGGACGGCCCAAGCUUACUGAGGAGGGUAGGAAGGCGUUGGAUGGGGAGAAUAAUCUGGAAGGGUACGGUGUGGCGAGGAAGCAGGAUGAUACCAAUGACGACGACGACGAGGAUGACUUCCAGGAUGCCGAGAACUGA